AUGUCAUCGGCGACAUCAUCGGCAACAAUCGAUCGCCUCAGACAGACAUUCGCGAUACAUGGACUACCUCAUGUGGUAGUUUCCGACAAAGGAAGUUCCUUCACGAGUUUGGAAUUCCAAGAUUUCAUGUCGCAAAAUGGAAUCAAACAUGUGAAAAGUUCACCUUACCACCCCGCUACAAACGGACUGGCAGAAAGAGCGGUACAGACGGUCAAAUCUGGUCUCAAGAAAGUCACAGGAGGUAAACUCGAAACUCGCUUAGCGCACUUCCUCCUGGCCUAUCGGACAACAGAGCACUCCACCACUGGAAUGCCGCCAGCCGCCAUGUUCAUGAACAGACACUUGAGAACCAGACUGGAUACCGUAUAUCCAGACGUCAAAAAGAAAGUUGACGAAAAGCUGAGAAAUCCGGCCGCGCUAAACCUCGGACCUCGGACUUACCGAGAAUUCCAGACUGGUGAGCUGGUUUUCGCCCUAAACUUUGGCAUAGGAAACACUUGGAUGCCGGGAACGGUUACGGAAAAACGCGGUCCGGUGUCCUACGAGAUCGAACUCGAGGACCGAGAAUGGCGACGUCAUGUCGACUAUUUAAGAAAUCGAUAUCAGAAAAAGGAUGAAUCUUCCGCGUCGCCUUCGAAUUCCGAUGACGAGUUCCUUUUUCCUGAGGAGGGCGAAGCAAAUGACCGUCAAGAUCAUCAACAUCGCGAUGACCACCAGGAUCGCGAGCACUUCGACGAUGAUCACAAUCACAGGGAUCGCAAUGAACACCAAGAUCGCGAUCAACAACCUGAAAGGAGUAAACACCCACAACGAGAAGGACGGCGCCCUCCCGAUUAUUACGGGUUCCCAUAA